AUGGACCGGUCGCGGGCCAUCGGCACCUUCGUGGUGUGGGACUAUGUGGUGUUCGCCGGGAUGCUGCUCAUCUCCGCCGUCAUCGGCAUUUACUAUGCCUUCGCGGGGAAGAGCCGGCAGACUUCCAAGGACUUCCUGAUGGGCGGCCGCAGAAUGACCGCUGUGCCGGUGGCGCUGUCCCUCACCGCCAGCUUCAUGUCUGCAGUCACCGUCCUGGGCACCCCCACCGAGGUGUACCGUUUCGGAGCCAUAUUCAUCCUCUUUGGCUUCACCUACCUCCUUGUGGUGGUUAUCAGCGCGGAGGUCUACCUCCCGGUGUUCUAUAAACUGGGAAUUACCAGCACCUACGAGUAUUUAGAACUUCGAUUUAACAAAUAUGUUCGUCUCUGUGGAACAAUCGUCUACAUUAUUCAAACAGUUCUGUAUACUGGAAUUGUUAUUUAUGCCCCUGCCCUGGCUUUGAAUCAAGUCACAGGAUUUGAUCUGUGGGGCGCAGUAGUGGCUACAGGGGUCGUCUGCACAUUCUACUGUACACUGGGCGGUCUUAAGGCAGUUAUCUGGACGGAUGUUUUCCAAGUUGGAAUCAUGUUGGCUGGGUUUCUGUGUGUGAUUAUACAAGCCUCAGUGGUUCAAGGUGGAAUCAGCACUAUUAUAAAUGAUGCCUCUAAAGGUGGAAGAUUAAACUUCUGGAAUUUUAAUCCUAAUCCUUUGCAAAGACACACGUUCUGGACAAUUCUUAUAGGAGGGACCUUCACUUGGACCAGCCUGUAUGGUGUCAACCAAUCCCAAGUACAGAGAUAUAUUUCCUGUAAAAAUAGAUUCCAGGCAAAACUGUCUCUCUAUGUCAACCUUCUGGGACUCUGGGUAAUCCUCAUCUGCGCAGUGUUCUCUGGGCUUGCCCUGUAUUCCAGGUACCAAGACUGCGAUCCCUGGACAAACAACGAAGUGUCUGCACUAGACCAGCUCAUGCCAUAUUUGGUCCUGGACAUCCUACAAGAUUAUCCAGGACUUCCUGGGCUUUUUGUGGCCUGUGCUUACAGUGGAACAUUAAGCACAGUGUCCUCUAGUAUUAAUGCCUUAGCUGCAGUGACUGUGGAAGAUUUAGUCAAACCUCACUUUGGCUCACUUUCAGAAAAGUCUCUCUCUUGGAUUUCCCAAGGAAUGAGUGUGCUGUUUGGAGUGCUGUGUAUUGGAAUGGCUGCCUUGGCUUCACUAAUGGGGGCUUUGUUGCAGGCAGCACUCAGCAUAAUUGGCAUGAUCGGCGGACCACUUCUGGGCUUGUUUUCUUUGGGCAUUUUGGUUCCCUUUGCCAACUCAACUGGAGCAAUUAUUGGUCUAUUGACUGGAUUUGCUGCUUCUUUCUGGGUUGGAAUUGGAGCUCAACUCUAUCCUCCACUUCCUGAGAGAUCCAUGCCACUUCCUCUUGAAACCUAUGGCUGUAUGAAUAGCACAGACAAUGGGACAAAUUGGAUGACAACGACAGGAAUGCCAUUUUCUACUAGUGUACUUCAAGUAAACAAUGUUGAAAGGACUCCACUGAUGGAUAACUGGUAUUCGUUAUCAUAUCUGUACUUCAGCACCCUUGGAACUUUGGUAACAUUACUUGUGGGAAUGCUUAUCAGUUUAUCAACAGGAGGAAGAAAACAAAACUUAGACCGCAGAUUCCUAUUAACUAAAGAGGACAUUUUAUCCAAUUUUGAUAUUUUUAAGAAAAAGGAGCAUGUUUUAAGCUAUAAAUCUCAUCCAGUAGAAGAUGGUGGAACUGAUAAUCCUGCUUUCAACCACAUUGAAUUGAACCUCACAGAUCAAGGUGGCAAGAUCAAUGGGACUCAUAUGUGAAGCAGCUGUGGUACUAGAUGAUCCUACAAAGUGUCCUAGUUUUCUAUGUUUUCUAAGAUAAUUCAACCAGGUUUAGAAUUUUUUUUUUUUUUUUUUUUUUUUUUUUGGUCUAUCAUGAAUAUGUUGGGGGAAACCUUUGGGGGACAAAAUUUUGUUAAAGCAAAGUUCUGAUUUUCCUCACUUACUACACUCAUUAAGGAUGGUACUCUGGAGUUCACAGUAUCUGCACCAGCAUUUCUGUCUCUCACUUCCUUAUUUCCAUGAAGCUAUAGUUGUGAAAGUGAUGACUCCCUAUGUGCCAAAAGGCCAACACAUGCAUAUGUACACAGACUUGGUGGUCAAAAGCAUAUUCUUACAUCAGACAUUGUUAAAAAUAUGUCCCACACUUUUGGAGCUAGCAAAUAAGUUUUGGAGGUUUGCCAAAAUCAUAACAAAUACUGAAAUGAGCUUUUCUCCCUCUUACCACAUACUCUAUUCUUAGGGAGCAAUGAGGUGGCAGGUCUGUAUUCUGUGUAUCUUUGCUUCUCAUUGACCCCUACCAGCCCAGGGCACAUGUUAGCCUUGGAACCAAUUCUGGUUCAGGAAGGUGGUAAUCAAGAAGCAUGCUGUUUGGUACAGAAUAUGGAUCCAAGGAACAAGGUCUUCUUGGUGCUAUGCUUCUGUGUUUUUGCCUGUUGGCAAGAGUUCUUGGCCACUGGCUGCUUGCGCUGCCUUUCCUAGCCUCUGGGUCUUAUCCGCAUACCUAGUUUCUUACCCAUCAACUUUGGUUUUAUUGUGCACUUUAUGUUUGAUUGCCUUCCUAAUUUCCUGUUUACCCUAUUGUCUUGAAACACCUCAUGGAAAUCAUGCUAACCCACAUCCUGGUUCACUAAGCCCCAACAUAUAAAUUAUAAACACCCAUGAGCCUGAUACUGACUGAAGUGCCUUCAGUAUAGGUACC